CACGAUGCACCGCCCGGAACUUCUCGACUGUGCCUCGACUAAAUCGCAUUCCGGAAACACCCGUGCUCCGCUCGCGUGAUACUUAAAUACCUCCAGCCGCAUUAGUAUACUGCACUGGUGCACCACCCAGCAACACUCCUCUAGCAUGGCUCUUGUCGCAUCACUCCCCACCCCCGUCUCCUCACUCGAGCAAACCCACCGCACGGAUGCACCUCUGGUCCCUAUUGUCGAGGCAAGAUUGUUUGGGCCAGGGGUUCCAGGGCAACGCUGACCCUCUUCCUCCAGCUCGGAUCUUCGAGUGAAGCGAUUGAGCCAUUCAAAGAGUUGAUUCUGCGAUCACAAAUUUCGGAGCUCCGGCUGUAUUGCACGGUUCCUUCGUGGUGUCCUUCUCCAGAUCAACGUUCGUUCUUUGCCCACAAGUCGAAGCCUUCGGCUGAUUGGUCUCGACCGACUGGCAGACCUUGAUUUGCAUGACCUGCAUCAACUAAAAUCACAAUUCCUCGCAUUUAUCCACGAAGUCGUGGGGGAGCUUCGGGCAUCCGGGAUCUCUGCUUCCUAUGUCCUGGUUCCCUCAUGGUCGUCCCGGUGCAUAAUAUGCACUGGCGGAUGCUCGUCGCUGGCCACGGCGGUGAAACAACUUCAAAAUGUGACCCUCCCUCACCGUCAUAACGUACUGCUGGCUGAGGUGGGAUGUCCCGGCCCUUGCCUGAUCUUCACAUAAACUCCCUCUCGCUCGCUCUCUACCGCAUUUGUAUUUUUGGGGCAUACAUGGACUACAUAUUCACACAUACUCUGAAGACUGAUUGAGAACUGGAAGCCACUCAAUGCUUUGGGGAAGCGCGAUUUCACAUGCUGCAAUCAAUGGUGAUAUGGACCGGGAACCCACGGGCCGAUCAGAUUUUUUGGCUGGUCUCCCCCAACCAACAAGUGUACUUCUUGGUCUACUACUUCCUCGUCAACGGUCCUUUCGUCCUCUGCAACAUGUCUCUCGCUGAUUCAAUCCUCCGGGUGACGCCCGUCACCCUCCCCCGCCACCUCACGUCGUUUGUGCAGGGCCAAACGCCCAUGUCCACCACGCCCGUUGUGCUCAGCACACUCGCAGGGUACCUCGUCACGAUCUUCGGGAUUCAAGCUGCCAUGAAAAAUCGCCCUCCCCAGAAACUGAACGCCCUCUUCCAAAUCCACAAUGUCUUCCUCAGUAGUGGAAGUCUUCUGCUACUGGUCCUCAUGGCGGAAGAGAUAGUUCCCAUCAUCUGGAAGCGAGGUUUCUACAAUGCUCUUUGCUCCGCACAGUCUUGGACUCCGCGAUUGGAAUUCUACUACAUGAUCAACUACUACUUCAAGUACAUUGAGCUCAUCGACACCGUGUUUCUUGCUUUCAAGAAGAAGACCCUCGCUUUCCUCCAUGUUUUCCAUCACUCUGCCACGGCUCUUCUCUGCUAUUCUCAACUUCUCGGUCAAACCAGCAUCGUAAACCUUCUCUCGCCCUCGCCAUCAAGUUGGCUCAUACCUGCCUUCUAGUCCUGGACUGUUAUCAUGCUCAACCUCGCUGUUCAUGUUCUGAUGUACUACUAUUACUAUGCCACUGCUGGAGGUGCUAGGAUCUGGUGGAAGAAAUACCUCACUAUGAUGCAAAUCAUACAAUUCGUGAUCGACAUAUCCCUUGUCUAUUUCGGAACUUACGGACAUUUUGCGUCCACCUAUUACGACGGGAUCCUGCCUCACAUUGGUGGCUGCUCUGGCGGAGAAACCGCUGCACUUUUCGGCUGUGCACUAUUAACCUUCUACUUGGGCUUAUUCAUCAACUUCUACUUCCAAACUUACAAGAAGGGACCUAAGAAAGUGCACGCCAACGGCAAGGCCAAUGGGACGGCCAAUGGGACGGCCAAUGGGAAAACCGAAAAGAUUGAUUGAGGAUAAGCCUCAUGACGAGGACGAGAUGACUGUGGCUGCGCGGGAGUAGAUCAGGCACCGAGUAGAUAUACGGGCUAUCUAGUACCAUUGACCGGCUGGUAAAUGGACACAUUUGACGCACUACUCAAGUAUAAGGCUCAG